AUGGGAAUGAACAUCCUCCUCCAUUCCCAUCUCGUGAGAUUAGACAUGGGAAGUUUAUUCUCAAGAAGUUCAAUCUGCGAACCAAAGGGGGUGGUUUUGGGAGGCAUUUUGCGCUCAAAAAAUAGUAUUGUUGAAUGGUCUUCAAUCAAAGAAAGUCGAAUAUGGGACUUAGCUGAAGAAGAAGAUAGAAUCAUUCUAAUCUUGAAGUUGAGUUUUGAUAAUUUGACAUCACCAUCUUUGAAGAAAUGUUUUGCAUAUUGCUCAAUGUUGAGAAAAGAUGUCGAAAUUGAAACAGAUAACUUGAUUCAACUUUGGAUGGCUCAGGGAUUACUCCACCCUUCUCGCAACGAAAGUGAAGAGAUGGAGGAUGUAGGUAAUGAAUAUUUUGAUAUUCUAUUGCAAAGCUCUUUAUUUCAAGAUGCUACAGCAAAUGAAUAUGGCAUUAUUAGCAAAUGCAAGAUGCACGAUCUUGCAGAACUUGUUUCUACUUCCAUGCAAGAAAGAAUUCGAGCAAGUUGGGUUGGGAGAUUGCGCUCACUAUUUUCGGAUGGCGAACUCCCUAGCAACAUGUUGCCAGGGUUUAAAGCCUUACGAGUCUUAAAUUUAUUUAAGGCUAAUAUUGCAGAGCUUCCAACAUCAAUUGGAAAGCUGAAACACUUGAGGUAUCUUGACAUUUCAGAAACAAGAUUGAAAACACUCCCAAGGUCUAUUGGCAAGCUCUAUAAUCUACAGACAUUAAGAGCAAGAUACUGCGCUUUUGAAGAGUUUCCAAAAGAAGUGCAAACCUUGAUCAACUUGAGACAUGUUUAUUGUGACAAGAGAAUGCAAUUUCCUCGUGGGAUAUUGGGGAAAUUGACUAGCCUCCGAACAUUACCUCCCUUUUAUGUGGAUAAGGAGAUAGGCCGUGAAAUUCAGGAGCUGGCUGCCUUGAAUCAAUUGAAAGGUCAAUUGGUUAUUUGUAAUCUGGAACAUGUGAUGGAUGAAGAUGAAGCAAGGAAAACUAAAUUAGAGGAGAAGAAAAAUGUACGUCACUUGAUAUUUGUAUGGACAGAAAAUAGGUCAAGAACCAAUGUAUCUAUAAGUGAUGAAAAUCUUCUACUGAGCAGGAGCUGUAGCAACCUUGAACAGUUGUCUAUAACCUAUUGCCGUGGUCUACAGUCUAUUCCAGAAUUACAAAACUUCACAUCCCUACGUCAACUGAGCAUUCAAAAUUGUGAAAGAUUAGAAAGGUUGUUGUGUAGUGGGCUAGAAAUGCCUAUCUCUCUUGUGGAGUUGAAAAUACGGGCCACACUGCUCCACCAGUUUGAAGUUUUUGAAACUUGGUGGGUUAGACCUCGAUUCGUUCCUGAUUUUCAGGUUGGAUCAUCACAGCUUGAAACAUUAGUAGUGAGGGGGUGGCCCAAGCUAAAGUCUCUGCCUCAACAAAUUCAAAACUUCACUUCUCUAACAUAUUUGUCGAUACAAUGUUUCCAUGGAGUAGAGGCUCUUCCAGAGUGGUUGGGUAACCUCACAUCCCUUACGAAGCUGGAGAUUUGGAAUUUUAAGAACCUGAUGUAUCUACCUAGUGUCAUAGCUAUUCAAUGUCUCACCAAAUUAAAAACCCUAGAAUUUUGUGGAUGUCCUCUUCUACAGAGCAAAGAAUGGCCCAAGAUUUCCCACAUUCAACAUAUAGAUGAAAAAAUUUCUCAAGCAUUUCGCAAAGGAAUGAAACUUGUUUAUCCUUCACCUUUUCCUUUUACUUGUGAAGGUUACUCACACGUUAUGGAAUGCUCCGGGACCGGGCGGGCUACUUGGAUUGAGGGCUGGUUUUCCCCAACAGCUAAUUCAUUCAAAACGGAAAUUUUCAUAAACGCGACCAAUUGA